GCAAGGACUUCAGGAAGCAAAGAAUACAAACGGUCGAUAUUUACUUGCUGGAGCCUACUUGCUAUCAUUGCAAUUUGUAAGUACAAUCAAUUACAAAUUCAUGGGUUUUCUUUUUCUUUGUGCUUGUGCUGCCUUUUUUUUUUCUUUUUUCUUUUGGGGUACAGUACUUUUGCUGGUUUGUUCUUUGUGCUUUUGAGUUGGUUGAGUUGUUCUUUGUGCUUUUGACCGAACCAUGAAUAAAUAAGUGCGAUUUUUAUAUACAAUUCUUCAUUUGCUUUUGUUGUUUUUUUUAGAGUGCGAUUUUUAUAAAUAAUUUGUCCAAUGAACCAAAAUUGCACUCUACUAAAAAAAACAGCAAAAGCAAAUGAAGAAUUAUAUAUAAAAAUAGCACGCACUUAUUCAAAAGCACAAAGAACAAACCAGCAAAAGUAGUGUACCAAAAAAAAAAAAAAAAAAAAAGCUGCAAAAGCACAAAGAAAAAGAAAACCCAUGAAUUUGUGAUUGAUUGUACUUACAAAUUGCAAUGGUAGCAAGUAGGCUCCAGCAAGUAAACAUCGGCUGCUUGUAUUCUUUGCUUCCCCAAGUCUUUGCUUAAUGACAUGACAUCAAUAUCGAGAAGAUUAAAAUUGUUGGCAAUAAAAGAAAAAUUCAAAUAAAGCAAGAAGAUUUGUGUUUUGAGUAUAAGAAGACUUGAAACACUACCCAUUUUAUCUCGACGUUUGGUCAGCUCCCAACCCUCCAUACCACACACACGCACACACAAAUAAACCAGUUUCUAAUUUCUUCCUCAAUUGCAGAAACACUAACCCCAACUUGCUUCCUCUGUCUGCUUCCACUGCUGUUGGGCUCUUGGCCUCGUCCCACCAAAGCUACCGUCACCUAUUAGUGUGAAAUAUCUCAAAUUUCAAUAUGGAAGGUGACCAAGGAAAAUGCAGUAAAUUUGAUGGUGAGAGUAGGUCCAUUAUUAUAUACGAUGCAUCCACUGUUGAAGAAUUGAAAAAGAACAUAGAAGCGAAGCUUCUUACCCAUUCACCCUUGCUUUCUUCGUGCUGCAUUUUCAGAGUUCCCGAGGUGAUUCGGAGACAAAAAGAACAGGCCUAUGAACCUAACAUUGUCUCCAUCGGACCCUUCCACCACGGCAAUAAAAAAUUCCAACUCUUUGAAGGUGUGAAACGUUGGUAUUUACAAUGCCUUCUGUCCUUAUGCAAGGAUGUGAGUUUGGAGAGCUUGAUCAAAGUCAUCAUGGAGUUGGCUAAAAGUGCCCGCGACUGUUAUGUAGCAGACCCGUUGGAUGGUGAUCUCGAUCAAAAAUACUUUGUAGAAAUGAUGAUACUUGACGGUUGCUUCCUACUAGAACUAUUUCGGAAGGCACUUCUCUAUGAGCCACAACAUGAAAACGACCCCAUUUUCAACGUGUCAUGCAUGCGGACAUAUUUGUGCCAUGACCUUCUGUUGCUAGAAAAUCAGCUACCUUGGUCUGUGCUGGAGUGUUUGUACAACCUGACUGCCAAUAGCCUCAGCCAAAGAGGAGCCUCCCUCACUUCACUUGUGCUCAACUUUUUCAAGCAAUCCGUUGUGGAUAACCUGAUGUUGAACCCUAGCUUCGAGCUACCAUGUCAGAUUUUGCACAUACUUGAUCUGAUAAGAGCCGUGAUCGUUUCUGGAUUCAAGGAGACGGCGAGUGUGGAAGAGCAGCAUAAAAAGAAGGGGCUAAAUUUGACUCAAAGGAUCCCAAAUGCGACAUCUCUUUCAGAGGCAGGCGUUCGGUUCGAAAAAAGCCAAAACAAGGAAGAGGGAAAGGGAGAGUGCAUAAUGAACAUGGAGUUCAAAAAUGGGGUUUUUACAAUUCCACCGUUGGGAAUUAAUGAGAGGACAGAGCCUCUGUUCAGAAACCUUAUCGCCUUUGAACAAUGCCACCAUAGUCGCCUGCACAAGAUAACAUCCUACGCAGUUUUGAUGGAUAACCUCAUCGACUCCAGAGAGGAUGUAGAUUUUCUUUGUGACAAAGGAAUAUUGGCCAAUUGGUUGAACCCAGACGAUGCUGCCCAAUUCUUCAACAAGCUUUAUGAUGACACCAUUGUCAUGAGGUAUUACUACAGUGGUCUCUCUGACAAUGUGAAUAACUAUUACAAGACUAAAUGGCACAAGUUUAUGGAAACAUUGAGGCAUGACUAUUUUUCUACCCCAUGGACAAUCAUCUCUUUCAUCGCGGCCUUUAUCCUCCUGAUCCUCACCCUAGUGCAGACCUUAUAUACUAUUCAGUGGCCUUAAUUAAUUUUUGCUCAAUUUCCUUCAGUACUAUUUACCAAACCUAUAUGUAAUAAUCUAUUUUUGUGUGU